AAUGAAUCAAAAUUUCAAAGAGAUAAAAAUUACUUAUUAGAAUUAAGCUCAAAUAUAGAAAUUAGCUUUGAAGGAUAAUUUUUAUUAGAAAAUUGGAUAAAUAUUAAAGACUGAUUCUGAUGAAUUGGUCAUUAUAAUUAAUAAUGAUUAUGAUUAGAUGGUUCCAAGAAAUUACUAAUGUAGUCAACUAUAAAGUGGUGAUAAUUAUAAUGCUUACAAUAUUAAAAAUUUAUUGAAGGAAAGUGGUCUAACUGGUAAAUAAAUUUCAUCAAGAAAUGAGAAGAAAGAUAUUGUUUUAUCAAUUCAAACAACUUAUAGUUAAGAAAUUACAUAGGAAGGAGACUAUGAUUAAUCAAUUUUAGAAUCUGUUACAAAAGAAAUAAAAUAACUAUGUUAUUUAUGCAAAAUUAAUAUCAAUGGCUAUACUAUUUAAACAUCAUGUUAUCAUCAUUACCAUUCUUAAUGUUUAAAAUAAUCUAUCAUAUAAUAAAUAGAUAACAAUGGCUUAAUAUUAAUUUGUAAUUGUAAAUAAUAAAUAAAAGUGCCAUCAAUUGUUAACUAAAUAUAAGAUCUAAAAGUUAAAAUUGAUUCACUUUUCAAAAAUUAAAUCAAAAAUAUUUAUACAAAUAAUCAAAAUAAAAUAAAAAAAUGCCAAAAAAAAAAAGAUUGCAAUUUCAUAUAUAUUGAGAAAGAUAAUUAAAGUGUGUCAUACUGUGAAAAUUGCGAUAAAAAAGAAUCAAAUCAAAUAACAACAUAAUGA